AUGCAACCUUGCAACUUGGUCUUGGCAGACUCUGAUGGCACUCUUGUUUGGUCCAGUAAUACUACUGGAGAAUCUGUUUCUGGCUUAAACUUGACAGAAACGGGGAAUCUCGUGCUCUUUGAUACGACCAACCGCACAGUUUGGCAGUCUUUUGAUCAUCCUACAGAUUGUUUGCUCCCGGGGCAGAAUUUGGUUUCUGGUCAGAAGCUAACAGCAAACUUAACUAAAAGCAAACUUCAACAAAGCGUUUCAGCAGACAAUUCGAGUCAAGGUUUAUUUUCUCUUACUGUUCUCAAUGGAAGCUGGGCCACAUACAUAGAUUCUGAUCCACCUCAGUAUUACUACACUUCAGAUAAUCCCGAUAGUCCUUAUUGGAGUUUUGAUGGUCAUAUCCUUACUGCUUUACAAUAUCCUCCUACAUCGAUAGCUCAAUACAUACAGCUUGGGCAUGAUGGACAUUUACGCAUAUAUCAAUUGGACAACCUUGAAAAUAAUAUGCUCGGCCUUAAUUGGAAAGAGGUAUGUGACAUUUUGACACUCUCUGACUGUGGCUACCCAAUGGUGUGUGGGAGAUACAGCAUUUGUGCAAAUGAAGGACAAUGUACUUGUCCGGUUGAAGUCAACUUCUUCAGGCCAUUUUCUGAGAGGAAGCCAAAUCUUGGAGGCACUGAGCUGACGCCCAUUUCUUGUGUCUCUUCACAGUAUCAUAGUCUUGUAGAGCUAAAGAAUACUGCAUAUUUCUCAUUUGAGUUCAGUCAUGAACUAAACUCGAGCGUAUUUUGGAUUGAGGGGAAAAAGAUUGAAGAUUGCCAAAGGGCAUGUCUGAGUAACUGUUCUUGCAAAGCUGCUGUUUAUGAUCCGUAUCUGAAUAUAAGUCUAGGAGGGAACUGUUUGUUACUGAAUGAAGUCUUCUCUCUCAUGGACGUUGGAGUAGGAACAGCUUUUCUUAAGAGAUCGGAGAAACACCAAGCUGGUGAUUUUCUGGAUCUAGAACCAAUCUUACUGGGAAUCCUAACUCGAUUCUCUUACAAUGAGCUGAAAAUAAUUACAGAUGAUUUCAGCAGAAAGCCCGGGAAAGGAGGAUUUGGCUCU